AAAGAAGCAUAAUAACAUAUAUUUUUUUCCCCAGCUAGACAGCUAAUAAUGCCACUAGUGAAUGAUUUUAUUUUUUUACUAGGCAAGCCAGGCUAUGAACGAUAUUCGCAGGACAUAUUUUUACUAUUAGAAUUUUCCUUUCAACAACCACAAGUCAACAACCAUGCCUCACAAACACAAGUCAAAAAAGGGCGAAUUUGAAGCAGAAUUCGAUCUCGCCCCUACAGAGAAAGCGCGGUCUCUUCCAGUAAACAAACGAAAAGCUGCAUUAAGUCCUGGAGAGCGAGUCACAAAGAAGCGUGCUAGAAGCUCAUUAAGAGGCAAUGACACACCGCGAGCAUUCAAGAGAAUUAUGGCUGUGGCAGGGGGGGAGAAAAUUAGAUCAGGCUUGGAUGAUGGUCAACUCGACAAAACGACUACGAAGGCUACCGAUGUAACGAACGAGAAACUUCAAAUUCGUCCCGGCGAAAAUUUAGGGGCCUUUGCCAGCCGGGUUGAUGCGGCUCUACCGGUAUCAGGGCUUGCGAAGAAAACCAGCACGAAUGCAGAGGGCAAAGACGCAUUAGGAUUGAAAGUGUAUCGCACUCGCAAAGAGCGCAAAAUGCACAAACUCUACGAUCAGUGGAGGGCAGAGGAAUCGAAGAUACAAGAAAAGAGGGAGGAGGAGCUAGAGCGCAUAGCAGAACGCGACCUCGAAGAUGAUGCCGCCGGCAUUCUUACUUCAGCUGCCUUUGAAAACGAGAAUAGCCAUACGAAAAAGAGGAAGGGGGGUAAGAGGAAAAGAAUAGUAGAGGAAGACCCUUGGCUAGAAUUGAAAAAGCGAAGAGGAGAGAAAAAGGCAAAGGUUCAUGAUGUUGUAUUGGCACCGCCAGAACUUCAUAAAGUAGAAUUAAAAUAAAAUAUAAUGCUAAUAUUAGAGUAUUGCUAUUCAGGCUGUAUCUAACCUAAUUAG